AUGAACCUUCAGCAGCAGUACCUGCGGCGAGUCUCCACCCUUCCAGACAUCGUGAACCGCAACAUCAAGGUACCGGUCUCCCACAGGCAGCUCUACACCGAGGACCCAAGAGUGCGGGCCGCGACCAUUCGAAUGUCUCACGGCAUGGAGCCGCCACAUUUUCGAAUGGCGCUGGAAGAGUCUGCAAGGAGCGGAGCGAGGUGGUCACAGAUGUUCCGUCCAGGUUUCAAUGACCUGGUCAACGAGACAUUCAAAGUUGGUGCGAACGCUUGCAUUUUUGCCAAGACGUUCCUCUCGAACAAGCAGGAACGAGAGCAGUUUCUGCGCAUGCACGUCAAGGACUCCAACGGUAUUCUUUGGUUUGAGCUUCAGCGAGAACUAGAGAGCAUCUACUACCAGAGGAUCGACUUCGUGGAUGUCCAGAUGUACCAUCCGUUUGCCUGGGGUUUUCCAGACUCCUCCAAGAUCGUGACACCUAACCCGGGUGAGCCGAUCGACCCUUUUCAUGGAUGGUGCACGAGACAGAGCAUGGACAGUGUGACAGAGAUGGAGGACGUCGACUUCCUCUACACGCUCCGUUUGCGCUGCUUUCCUGAGAGCACGUUCCAGGCGCUCUCACUCGGCAAGAUCCCGGCAUUCAUUCAACAGUAUAUUGACAUCCACAAGGACACCCUUUCCGAUGUGGAGGACGAGGAGGAGGAAGGGCCUGACAAGGCUGGCGAAGAGGCUGGGUCGAAGUCCGGGCUGUCCAAGGACGAGAUGCUCGAUUACGGGCUGCGGGAAGAGGAGGAGACCCAGGCCCACCCGGAAGACAUCAACCGCCAGCAGAAAGGCAACACCGGUCCGGAUGUGCUGGAUGCGCAGAUCAAGCAGUUCAAGCUGAAAGGCCUCAGCGCCAUGCGAGUCUUCCUGCGCACGCGUGGCAUUCCGGACAACAUGAAGCAGUGCCAGAUCACUCCGAAGAUGGUGAAGGAUAUGGCAGCACAGCUCGGUGUGCGUCCACACCCCGAUCUGUACUGGUAUUGCAUGUUUGCGCUUCGCUACUCUUUGGCUCCCGAAUGGGAGGUGAUUGUGAAGCAAGACACUCGCUUCUACGUCCACCUGCCCUCGGAUCGCAUGCAGAUCGUGCACCCGAUGAUUAGGCGGUUCCGUGAGCAUCUCGAGGACACCCGACAGAACGAGUUCCUCUGGGAGUAUCGUGGGUUUGUGCAGAUGAAAUGUAGCGAGUGUGGCAUUCCGGAUGCAAUCGUAUGGUGCCAGCAGUGUACAGACUACUUCUGCGCCACUUGCUUCCUUUCAUCGCACAAGACUGCGCGGGGGAAGAAGCACUGGCCGUCGCCGAUUCCGGGCUGCAGAUACCUGACAGCGUCCGAGGCCGCCCGAAUGCAUGAUCACCUGCCGCUCUUGAACGUUGGCUUCUCCAUGCGGCGCCGGUUCCUGGCACGAGACAACCAGUCGGACCGAAAUGGCUCCAAAAGUGGAGACACGUGGCUCUUCUUCCACGCCGACACAUUCGAAGCCGCCUUGCUACAAGCGCCAGAGAAGCACUGGUUCCUGAAGCGCUUGAAGCCCCCGCGGCUCGCGCCGACGGCCGAAGGCUACUACUACAACUUCCGCAACGAUGUGAUUGCAGAUGACCCUUCGCACAUCAUGUCGAAGGCGCACGAGCAGAAAGCCAUCGCAUUGCUGCAGAAGAACAUUCGUGGGGCCAUCACACGAAAGCGCAUCAAGCAAGAGCUGAAGGCUGCAAAGAUCAUCCAGAAGAGCAAGAGAAUGUGGGACGUGCGCAAGGCAAAGACGGACACGUCAAGAAACCUGCAGCUCCUCAAGGGAUGGUACAUGCGCUACCAGGCCAAUGAGAAGCAGUCCAGGAUGCUCCACCACGUGACGCGAUUCCAAGCGGUGUGGAGAGGCUACAAGGUCCGGUGCGAGCACUACCAGACGAUGAAGGACAUCACCCGCUUCCAGGCAAAGUGGAAGGGCACACUGACCCGGCGACGGCAUCAGGUUCUGGUGAAGGCCGGCCUGACAAUCCAGCGGUACUAUCGCGGCAGGCUCUACGGCCGCAGGCCGAUGCGGGAAAUGAACGAGGCUGCCUCCAAGCUCCAAGCUAUGGCACGGGGAGUGGCUCUUCGCGACGCGCGGCGAGGGAAGGGCUGUGCUGCCGCCUACGUACAAGCCCAUUGGCGAGGAUACGAGGCUCGAAAGAUGACGGCAAGGAGAUUGGAAUCUGUCAUCAUGCUGCAGCGGAACUGGCGCAGGUUUCAGUCACAGCUGGACGUCAAGGUCAUCCUCUAUGACAGGAUGGAGACGGUAAGGCAGAGGUUCCUGGAGCUGAUCCGAUCCAAGUUGGAGGGCUCCGCCGCUGUCUUGAUCCAGAGAAACUGGCGCCGCCACUCGGAAUACCACCGAGUGGUCACGAUGAGGAAGACCAAAGCAGAGGCCGACAAGAAGAUCAGCACGCUGCUCACGGCCUUCUACACGGCAGCCUCUGAGAUUCGACACUACAUCCAUCCGUGGUGGCGGCACCUGCCUGCCGAGAUCCAGGAGGUGCUGUCUCAAGUCAAGGCCUCCAUGCAGCGGACCAUCGGCCUUGUGCAUGUGACUGGUAAGCUGGCGAACGAAGAGAUUGGCAAGCGAGGUCUGCGUGUCUCUGGGCAAGAGCACCUGCACUACGACAGUGACAAGCCUGAUCUGGUUUCCCACAUGCUGCUCUCGGUCACGCGGCAUCUGCUGAACCAGGUUCCUGCAGAGGCCUUUCCACCAACGGUGGAGUGGGCGUGCUACGCCAUGGCCCACCAAUCUGUGAAGUUCGCCCUCAGCCGCAGCUUCAUUGCCCGUGAGAUCAUCCCGGUUGGCAAAGAGAUACCAGCGCAUCCCGGUGAUUCACUGGCGACUCUUUGGGAGACAAGUGGGACGGUCAAGCACCAUCACGACUGGCUCAUCUCGCUGUCGGAAGAAAGCUUGCCCUGUCUGGUGCUGAACACGCUGCCAGCCAGCCAUCGCCACGUUUACCUGACGGCAGAGGUCUUGGUGACCAUGCGUCAAGCGCUUGAGUCCCCGACGAUCUCCACAGAAGAUCACCUGCGCUUCCAAGGGCUGGAUGCCACCGCUGGUGCCCAGAUGAUGGAGGUCUUGAGCAGCGAGCUUGACCACCGAUUGCCACACGAUUGGACGCAGCAGCAUGGCACAGUGGCAGCACUGGCGAUUGUGCUCAGCAACCACAUGAAGGACUUCUCCGCAGAGAAGGACAAGGAUGGGAAGCCUGUGACCAAAGCAAAGGCAAAGUCGAAGUCCAAGGCCGAUCCCAAGGCCAGAGGUGCCGUCAAGCGAAACCAGGGAAGGAUGAGCACGGGUCUGGAUGUUCCAAGAGAUGGCGGUGACUCCAUGUCUGUGGCUACAACCACGCCCGGGGCGUCGCCAACAUCACCCUUUUCCACACCGUUGCCGGAAGGUGGGGCGCUGUCUCACUUUACCCGCGCCGCGACAAUGCGGGUCCUUCAGCAGGUUGGGUACUUCAUGCGGGGCCAGGAGGAAGCCAUGCAGAGCGUGCUGGCCAAAGGCUCGGCGGAUCCAGCCUCCCCGAAAGCUGGAGCAGGUAUGCGUGCCAACCGCUUCGUCUCCGUCACGGACAAAUUGUUCGAGAUGGCCGACAGGGCGAUGCAUGAUCAUUGUUCCUUCGUGCUUGCAGUUGUGCUGCUGCACAUGGUCCUCAGAGGGCUUCAUCUUCGUUUGCUGUAUCACCGAGCUGCUGUUUCAAUCCAGCAGAGAUACCGUUACAUCAAGUUGCGGGGGCAGAAGCAGAAUGCUAUUGCGCCCGCAAUGCGAAUUCAACGACAUUGGCGCGGACUGCGUGCGGCCUUGGGCAUAAUGCACAAGGACGACGCUGCAUGGAAGAUUCUCCGGAACUACAAGGCUUGGAAAUGGAACCUCCGAGCUGCCAAGCUCCUCAACGCUGUACUCCGAAUUCAGAGAGCAUGGCACAGUGCAGUGCACCGCAAGUGGAUCGCGCGCUGCCACAAGGCGGCUGCUUGCAUCCAGCGCCACGCCAGGGGCUUCGCGGUGCGGCUGAUGCUGGAUCCUGUGGGACGGCAGCUCACCGGCGAAUGCCAAGAUGCCAUCGAGGCCCUCGUCGCUGCCAGAAGUCACAUGUCAGAGACGCGGUGGUGGGCCAAAUCUGCCGUUCGGGCGGCAAAGGCUCGCGUCGACAUGGCGCGGCAUCGCCAGCGCAAUCUUGAUCGGAUCCUCAUGCAAGGCCUUGGGACACGGUCUGAUCAGGCCAGGCUCAUGGACAAGCAGCGGAGGCUGAGGUACAAAGGAGCACUGCAGCCCGCGCGGGAAUCGGUCUUCGAGCCUUUCAUUUUCGCCUUGGCGCGGCUGGAUGCAGUUGAGCCCCGGUAUGGUGCGAAGCGCUCGCCCGUCAUGGAAGAGGUAGACAAGGCUCGGAAGCAUCUCAUCAGGUGGUUGCCUGCCGCUCCGCCGCCGCUACCGCACAUAGCUGCUAGACGGGGCCGCCGUGCAGUUCUGGCACGGCGCCUGGCAAAGAAGGCGCGGCAUGCGCGGCCGGUGCAUGAGCCCGACCUGGCGGAGGAGGAGGAGGAUGACAGUGGGCAGCUGAUCGUACGACAGGAUGGUGCGGAGCUGGACGACGACGAGUUCCAGCACUGGAAGCAGCGCCUGUUCGCCGUGGCACCGUACCGUGCCGCUCCGUGA